GCCGAUGUUUGGCUGUGCAUCAUCAGCCCAGUGACGCGUAAGCGCGUCCAUCUCUCUAAGAGUCUAACAUUCAUCAUGGACGGACAAGCCUCCACAUCCUCCGGCGCUAUGGACGAGCGGAGACAGAAUGCGUUGAAGUCAUACCGCGAGAAGAUGCGCACGCACGAGAAUAGCAGUGACAGUCUCAAAAACUUGCGCUUCUCACUCAAAGACUUGGGGAAAGCCUACGACAAAACUGAGGAAGAUAUCAAGGCCGUGCAAUCCAUCGGUCAAAUUAUCGGCGAGGUCAUGAAGCAAUUGGACGACGAACGAUUCAUUGUCAAGGCCUCGUCUGGACCGCGUUACGUCGUAUCUUAUCGACCCACUCUCCCUGUGGCCAAACUGAAGGCCGGCACUCGUGUUGCACUCGACAUGACAACACUGACCAUCGUUCGUAUACUGCCUCGAGAAGUCGAUCCUAUGGUUUAUAAAAUGAGCUUGGAAGACCCGGGAGGAGCAACAUUUGCAGGGAUCGGUGGUUUGGGAGAGCAAGUGCGAGAGCUACGGGAGAUAAUCGAAUUGCCGCUUCUCAAUCCCGAACUGUUUCUUCGCGUGGGCAUUAAGCCUCCCAAAGGUGUAUUGCUGUACGGUCCUCCUGGUACUGGAAAGACGCUUCUGGCACGUGCAGUAGCAGCAACUCUUCAAACGAACUUCCUCAAGGUCGUAUCUUCUGCCAUUGUCGAUAAGUACAUUGGCGAGAGUGCGCGUGUUGUCCGGGAAAUGUUUGGAUAUGCUCGGGAGCAUGAGCCUUGUGUCAUUUUCAUGGACGAAAUUGAUGCGAUUGGCGGCCGUCGAUUCUCAGAAGGCUCCAGUGCGGAUCGUGAAAUUCAGCGGACACUGAUGGAGUUACUCAACCAAAUGGAUGGAUUUGACUCGCUUGGGAAGACUAAGCUAAUCAUGGCCACCAAUCGACCGGAUACGCUAGACCCUGCACUUCUGCGUCCAGGCCGGUUGGACAGAAGAUCGAAGUUCCUCUUCCCAACGAGCAAGCCCGACUCGAGAUCUUGAAAAUCCACGCUGCACCCGUCAACAAGAACGGCGAGAUUGAUUAUGAAGCGAUCGUCAAGCUUUCCGACACGUUCAACGGCGCAGAUUUGAGAAAUGUCGUGACUGAAGCUGGGAUGUUCGCAAUUCGAGAUGAUCGGGAUUACAUGAUCCAAGAGGACCUGGCGAAAGCUGCGCGAAAAGUCGGAGAAGCCAAGAAGCAUGAAACAAAGAUGGAGUACUCGUAGAAAGUGUAGCUUAUUGUUCCGUCGGUGCCUCAAAUGAAUCAUUUCCUAAUUUGGUAGACGCGUCUAAAUGAGCCCCUGUCAGGACACGCCAAGUAUCCACAUUUGAAACAGUAUCAUCUCCUGCUUGUUUCUUCACCACCAUGAGCUCUCUCACCAACGACACACAACUCGACGAAAUUCCUGGCGUCGCCAUUCGGCGCGUCGCUAGUCCAACCCUCUCCGCCAAGGCGAGAAUGAGCCCGCUCCAGCGCAUCAAAAAACUGGGCGGGAAGCUCAAGAAGCCCAAGCAGUUCGAUGCAAUCGCUGAAGUCGCGCCGCCUUCCGAGCCCGCCGUGGAAGCUGGCGAGCCAGUGACCGCACUCCAACAGGAGGAAGCUGACGAAGAAUUCCUUGUCGAAAGUGUAGUCGGUGCCAUGCAGAUGCCCACCCCUGCCGAGCCUGUUUCUCUCGCUGCACACAUUCGUACUCUCAUCAUUGCUCUUCCCGCUGGAACGAAGGCCCCGCCUGUCAAGUCUGAUCCUCCUCCCGUGGACAAAGAGGGUUGCCCCGUCGUCCCUCGCAGCGCGGUGCAUGUCAAAGACCCUCAGCUAGUCCAGCUACUUUCCGACCCGGUCUUCAUGAAUGGUUCGGUUCAAGAAGGACGGAAGAGCGUUUGGUCUGCUUUGGACGCUCUCCAGGCUCCCAAAGUGGUCGCGCCUGGAGCCGGCGUCGACCCAGACAGUGGUGCUGAGAUCUCAGGCGAUGUGAUGUUAUAUUCCCCUUUACAUCCCGCGGAAGGAUCCACAGUCGAACUGGCGCAUAUCAGAAUUAUUGAAGUGCCUGUUCACAAGCAGGAGACUUUGUGGGAAACCCGUAUGAAUGCUAUGUGGAAUUACACGGUCGGCUUAGUCAAAGUGCAACCCCCAACGAAGGUAAAACGCGUCCAGGUUUUUGUGCCGUCCACGAUCAAUAUCUCUUUCCAAGCCACAUGGUGGGGAUAUCGACUGUAUCUGCCCGAACCUGUGAUGACGGUGCUGUCUGCGGACGAAGCCGAGGCUGUCCAGAUUGCAGCGACGAUUACCGCUGCGUUGACGUGGUUCCUAGCCAAUAUCAGUGCCUCGAUCGUGCCAGCACCUCUCCUGCCCAUUUUCCUUUUGAUUCAGAAGCUUGGACCGUAUGUCGGUUACGUGGGCACGUUUAUUGCCUGGAUCUGGAGUACAGUCAAGUCUUAUGAUCAAGACCGAAGAACUAUCGCCUCCACGUCCGCGCGUCAGGCCGACAUCACGCUCACUGUCGAUGGCAAAGAGGUAACGGUUCCUCAGGGCUCUGCCCUCAUCCAGGCAUGUGAGGCGGCAGGUUCUCCGAUACCCAGAUUUUGUUACCACGACAGGCUUGCUAUAGCUGGCAAUUGUCGGAUGUGUCUUGUCGAGGUUCAGCGCUCGCCGAAACCUGUAGCUUCCUGUGCGGCCCCCGCGAUGCCUGGCGCUGUCGUCUUCACGAACACCCCGCUUGUCCAUGCGGCCCGGGAGGGUGUGAUGGAGUUCUUGCUUGCAAACCAUCCUUUGGACUGCCCAAUCUGCGACCAAGGAGGUGAAUGUGAUCUCCAAGACCAGUCGGUCCGGUACGGUUCCGACCGCACCCGAUUCCACGAAAUCACUGGCAAGCGCGCCGUCUCCAACAAGGACCUUGGGCCCAUCGUCAAGACCUCGAUGAACCGCUGCAUUCAGUGCACACGUUGCGUACGCUUUGCGAACGAAGUUGCCGGCGUGGAGGACCUCGGAACGAGCGGUCGAGGAAAUGAUCUACAGAUUGGCAUGUACGUGGAGAAGAUGAUGAACUCGGAGCUGUCGGGCAACAUUAUCGACCUUUGUCCCGUUGGUGCGCUGACCAGCAAGCCGUAUGCUUUCCACGCCCGCCCGUGGGAGCUGAAGAACACGGAGAGCAUUGAUGUGAUGGAUGCCCUCGGGAGCAACAUUCGUGUUGACUCGCGAGGUGUGCAGGUCAUGCGCAUCCAACCGCGCACAAACGAUGACGUUAACGAGGAGUGGAUCAGCGACAAGACUCGUUAUGCCUAUGAUGGUCUGCGGUUCCAGCGUCUCACUACUCCCUUGGUCAAAGGCCCCGACAACCGGUUCGUUGCCGCAUCGUGGCCUGAUGCUUUGGCUGCCAUUGCCGAGGGAUUGAAGCGCACAGGUGCCCAAGGAAACGAGAUCAAGGCUGUUGCCGGUCACUUCGCCGAUACGGAGUCAUUAGUCGUCCUCAAGGACGUCAUGAAUCGCCUCGGCUCGGACAACCUCGCCAGCGACCUCAGCGGUAAAUCCGGCGAUUCCUCCCCUGUACACGGUGUCGACAUCCGUUCCAACUACUCUUUCAACAGCACCAUUCCAGGUGUCGAACAGGCUGAUGCUAUUCUCCUCGUUGGGACCAACCCGCGACAUGAAGCUGCUGUUCUCAACUCUCGGAUACGAAAGAGCUGGCUGCACAGUGAAUUGGUUGUGGGCCUGAUCGGAGCUGACGCGGAUACUACAUAUGGACAUGAACACCUUGGUGAAGAUGCUAAAGCUCUUGAUGCCUUCCUCUCUGGAAAGACCAAGAGUGAAUUCGCAACCCGCUGGACCAAGGCCGAACGCCCGAUGAUCAUUGUCGGCAGCUCGAUCGCUGAGCAUGCCGACGGUGAGGCCAUCUACGGUCUGCUUGCUCGACACAUUUCUUCCGCCGGUAAACGACUGGUCCGUGACGACUGGAAUGGGUUCAAUGUUCUCCAACGUGUUGCCUCGCGUCCUGCUGCUUAUGAAGUCGGCUUCGUCCCAUCUCGCUCUGCAGCCUCUGCCAAGCCUAAGUUCAUCUAUCUGCUGAACGCCGAUGAAGUUGAUCCUGCGUCCAUUCCUGCCGAUGCUUUCGUCGUCUACCAAGGUCAUCACGGUGACCGCGGUGCUGCACUCGCUGACGUGUGCCUGCCGGGAUGCGCAUAUACGGAGAAGAGUGCGACGUGGAUCAACACCGAGGGCCGUAGCCAGCUCGGCCGAGCAGCAGUUCCUCCGCCAGGCGCUGCCCGUGAGGACUGGAAGAUUCUGCGGGCCCUUGCCGAGGUUGUCGGUGUUGACCUGCCUUACGACGAUGUGAUCGGCGUGCGAGACCGGAUGUGGGCUAUCUCGCCUUCGUUGGUCCGCUGGGAAACACUGGAAACUACGUCUCCUGAAAUCGCCAAAGCCGGUAUCGCUUCUCUAAGCGCGAUCGGUAAAAAGGCGCCCACUGGACAGAAUCUGGGCCGGGUAAUCGCCAAUUUCUAUCAGACAGAUCCUAUUUCUCGAGCUACUCUCUCAACCAUGAACUCCAAUACCGACGUCCCUGCUCGUACAGACUCAUUCUUCCAGACCGUGGCCCAGCGGCUCGUAUUGACUCUGAAGGACGACGCUCACCUAGUCUGGGACGUCAUUGCUAGCGGCGGCUGGUGGUACCCUCUCGACGGCAUCGUCUAUUGCCUCUCCCAUAGCUCUUUGUACCAAGCCAUGUUUCCUGUGGUUUGGAAGAUCACCACCACCGCUGCCUUGAUCACUGUGGGCAUGUUCACAUUCACCUACCUCCCCCAGCUCGCGUUCUGUGCGAUAUUCACGGGUCCUCUCGCUUUCAUUCCAGCCGCGUUGAUGGUCUUGGGCGAGACUUAUGUCGUCAUCAUGUUCGUGUCCAAGACAUUCUACUUGAAUAGAGCUCAGGACCAGCUGUUCAACGCUGUCCUGCGCUCGAAGGGAGUCAGUCUGGUCUAUGUGGACGCAUCGAAGAACCGCGGCUUUGUGCAGGAUGUGGUCAAGAGUGUCAGCAAGCCGUUGGCUCGAUUCAGUCGAGAAGGGUUGGUACGCUACGUAGUAUCCCUACCCCUCAAUCUGGUCCCAAUGGUGGGCACGGUCUUGUUCGUUUUGUAUAACGGUGCCAAGACCGGGCCCGCUUAUCAUUCGCGGUAUUUCCAGGCCAAGGGGAUGAACUCAGCUGCACGACAAGCGUUUGUAGUCAAGCGGCAAGGUGCCUAUACUGGAUUUGGGGCGUCUGCGAUCGCUCUUGGUCUGGUGCCUGUGAUCGGCCCCAUUUUUGCGCUCACAUCUACGGUCGGCGCUGCACUGUGGGCAUGUGACAUCGAGAAGAAGGAAAAAAGGGAGAUGGAAAGAGAGACCGCGGUGAAAACUGUCGAACAAAACUGAGUGUCGAGUUAAACACAGACAAUGUCUUCAAUUCUGUUCCACUUAAUACGAGGCAAAAUACGCAGAAUAUAC